AUGUGCUGAUAUGUCCGGUAGAGGGCGGUAGAAUAUUAUGAAUCAGCCGGACCGUAACAGCGUGUGAAUCACAGUACCAAACUCCGCACACCUGGCUGAAAACAUCCGACUAAACCUAUUCUAACAUAACUGCGCGUGUUUCGAUGCUAACUUCAAAGCGUAUGUUUUGUCUGUUUGACGUUUACACUACAAGCUGGAUGUGAAAAUGAAUCCUAGGGAUCCCCAAAAGAUCAUUCUGGGCAGCACAUGCACCAUCUCUCUGCAUGACCGUUUCACUAGUUUGCUGAAGUUUCAGCCAGCAGAUGUGAUGGAUAUCACCUCCGCAGUGAAACUGCAGACUGCAGCCUCGCUGAAGAACCAGCAACUGGCCCUGGAGAUGGCCAACAGACCUUCUGUGCUGGCCGCCCUGCAUAAUAAUAUAAAUAAUCAACUCUGCAAAGUGAGUGCGAAGGCAAGGCUCGGCUAUCCCUUGGGGAGAGGAUGCAUGGUGGGAUUGCGGGGGAAAAUAAGAGGAGGAGGCGGAAGAAGAGGACUGGUCAAAGGAUUUUACACAAGGAGAAGCAUGAGUAGACAGCAAGGAGUAGUCAACACUCUAGGUGUUCAGAGGGGUUGUGGCCAGCAGCAGCAGCAGCAGCGUGGAGGCAUAAUUAAUUUGUCUGAAGUAAUGAGAACCAGAGGAGGAGCCAUUAGAAGGACAGAAGGAAAUGCAGAGCAGCAGGUGCCACACUCAGGAACACCACAAGGUGUUGUCAGUUCGACAUCUAUCAGAGGGCAUUCAGGGUGCAGCCGGACCAGAUUCAACAUCCAUCAGGUUCCUUCUCGGGAAUUGUUGGAUGAACAACUGGAUGAGUACAUGUCCAUGUCCAAGAGCCGUCUGGAUGCAGAGCUGGAUGCAUAUAUGGCUCAGGUUGAUUUGGAGGACAUGGCUUGAUGACCUGAGACCAAAGUUAAAGGAGUAGUUCACUUUUAAAAAACUUUU